AUGUUUUUGCCUUUGAAGAAGCAGCGAUGUGCAGCAUUAAGAGGUUUUGCCAUCAUUCCCGCCGAUGAGGAAACGGAGGUUGGUCUGGGAAGUGAAAUCAAAGCACGGUCUUCCAAUGCACCUAACACGAAUGGAGAAAAAGUGGACCGUGAAUCUGAUGACGACGACGACGAUGAACAGAAGGCUGAUGAAGAAGUUUUAGACGACGAGGUUCUUAGAGCACUUGAUGAAAUGAAGAAGUUAACUCCUGUGGCUCCAAUUCAUGCAUUACCAUUAUAUUCCCUCCUACCAGUUGAACAGCAAAGUCGUGUAUUUGAGUCUCCGCCGGAAGGUCAUCGUUUGGUCGUUGUGGCAACCAAUGUCGCCGAAACCUCCCUCACCAUUCCUAACAUUCGAUACGUCGUGGAUACUGGAAAGGUGAAAUCGAAGAUCUACGAUACUGGUACAGGCUCUUCCUGUUUCCGUAUUGUGUGGAUUAGUCAGGCGUCAGCAGAACAGCGAGCAGGUCGUGCUGGUCGUAUUGGACCCGGUCAUUGCUAUCGUCUUUACUCCUCUCAAAUUUAUUCUGAUGAAAUGGAACCUUUCUCGGCACCGGAUAUUCUCACUCGGCCAAUUGAUGAAGUUGUCCUCCUACUCAAGUCAUAUCUUGGAAGUACCCCCCUCUCCCGUUUCCCACUACCUACCCCACCAACUCCAAAUUCUGUAGAAGCUGCAGAACGACGUCUCACUGCUUUGGGUGCUCUUGAAUCCAAAAAACAGGGCUCAGAUAUUAUUCGCACAAUUACUCCAGCUGGUCGUUGGAUGGCGCGUCUACCCUUGUCAACUCGUUUCGCACGAAUGUUACUUUUCGCCAACCAGUGUGGCCUCAUGCCGUAUGCUGUAGUUUUGGUAGCUUCUCUUUCAGUGCAAGAUUUCUUCCUUAACGACCAAUCACAUGGAGAGAUGGCGGAAUUAGAGAAGGCAGCAGCGGCCGAGGAUCUUACUAUGAGUGGAAGGAAACGUAAGAGAGCUAAACUCUCAGAGGCGGAUGGAAUCGCUCAGGCUCGUGUGAAUUUCCUCCGUCAGUUUUUGAAAACCGAAAGCGAUCUAAUGUUGGGUGACUUGGCAGUUCUACUUGGAGCCUUCUGUUGUUUUGAACGCUACUGGGCUGAGUUGAUUGGAACUAUUCCACGUAGUGAAGACAGUGGAAUCUCUGAACAGAUUGCUCGUGUUGCACGUCUCAAUCCCGAAAGCGUAAUGCGUCAACUCGUUCAGAAGUGUGGUGUUCGAUGGAAGGCUUAUAUUGAAGUGCGCCAACUUCGACAACAGCUUACACAAAUCCUAAACGCCAAUAUUCCGGAUCUUAAUUUGGAGAUAGACCCUGCUCUACCGAAGCCCACUUUCGUUCAGGUUGAGCAGUUGCGUCAGCUAUUUUUGGUGGGUUCCGUCUGUCAUCUUGCUGCUAAGUACGAUCUCCCUGCUGAAGGUCUCCCAGCUAAAGAUCGACGACGACUAAAGUAUGCCUACAAAGUUCUAGGUAUUCAAGAGCCUGUUUUCAUUGACACAACCUCGCCUUUAGCCCGAGAGAACUGCAGUUUUGUGGCAUUUACUGAACUUCAUACUAGCUCAAAGCCCUAUCUUCGUAACGUUUGUGCGAUAAAUCCGGCCUGGAUUCCAUUUCUCGCUCCUCGUAGUUAUCGUGUGGAAGGGGUAUGCACAAUGGAGAGUUCUGAAACGGUUCUAACAACCGAAGUAACAACACCUCAGCUUGUCGCUUCUACAGAAGGAGAAAAAGAUUGCAAGAAGAGGAAACCAGAAGAGAAACCUAGUUACCCAAAUGAAUGUCCCCCACCAUUCUACGACCCCAAGCACGAUACUGUGUUAGCUUAUGCAAAGCGAGUCUAUUUCAUUGGCGCAGAUUUAGCCGAAAUGAAUAGCCUUGGUGUUGAGACUGGACUGGAGCUGCCUGCCUUGUAUACACCAUUCCCAUUGACUGGAGAGGCGUCCUGUGCCGCUCUGGGUGAUAGGGAGGCUCUUAUUUGGAGUGUGAGGUGGUUUGCUCGCGCCCUCCUUGAGGGCAAUGUGUAUCCAGACAAGAAGCAACUGGGCAAUUGGUUUCCGAAAGAACUCAAAACAUCUAUGCAUCCGAGGAUUAUUACGCGUUCAUGGGGAUUAGGAAGGUCAGAAGUGAAGGGAUUAAUCAAAAAGAUGUUGUCGAAGAAAGUCAAUUCUAAAUGCAGCCUCGAAGCUUGCCUUGCCGAAGAUUCAACAUUUCUUUCAAACGAACUUGCGACGUGGUUGCCACCAAGUCACCAUGCCGAUUUCUUUGCCAAGUGGCCUCCCACCAAGGUGUGA